UCCUUUUCCCUUGGGGCGCCUUGUUUACUUAGUGGCUUCCGCAUCCAUGCUGCCGUCUGUGAAGGAGAAUGUGCCGGAGUUGCUGCUGGAGCCCGCGCGGCUGGCCUUCUGCGCGAACCUCCACCUGGGCCGACAGCAAGAUCGCUUCAACUUCGAAACCACAUUGGUGCUGGCCAGGAACCUCAAGUUCUACGAAUUCCGGCGCAAGGAGCUGGUGCACCACAUUGAUUUGCGGGACACAAAGCUCCAGCAGGUGCGCAGCCAGCUGGAGGGCUACGACGGACCGGUGAGUCCCUUCCUGAUCACCACGAACGCCAGGGAGAGCCUGGACUCCAGCAUGCUGCAGGAUCCGGAUGAGUUGCCCAUUAAAUUCGGGAAGUAUGUGUUUCAGCGGGAGGGCAUCUACCUGCUGAUCCACUGCUGGCAACACCUCGUCGUCCUGCGGCGACCCAAGGAGCACGGCGCCAACUUCGAGCUGGUGGCGCAGCACAACGGUGUGCUGUCCUACCAGAUGGCCGAGGGUCCAAUUCCCUACCAGGCCGUCGUGGAGCUGCGAUUCGCCAAUGGUGAGCGAGAGCUCUGCGAUUUUCAGGAGCCCGCCGAGGAGGGGGAGGAGGAGGAGCAGCCCAGCACGUCCAAGGAGGCCUACGCACUUUCGGAGGAUAUGGAGGCCCGGCUGCAGGAGGUGAACGCCCUCCGAGCGGAGCUCUCCAGCCAGCGAAUGAAAACGCAUGAGGAACUGGCCCUCCUUCAGGACCUCCAGCUCUUCGGCCCGCCCGGCGAGCGUUCCCUGCUCCUCGAGGAGAAGCAGCCGCUCCGGCGGCUCGGCGAUGUAUGGACUCGCGUCUGCGGCGACUAUCUCGUCUGCGGCACCGUGCUGGUCAACAUAAGCGGGAGCCAUCGGCUGAUCAUUGUCAACGAGCUGUAUCCGACGGUCUUUCUGGAGCCCCACAUCGACUUCUGCAUGGAGCACCGCCUGUACGAGCUGCCUCUGCUGCCGAAUGGCCAGCCGCCCGAGGAGAUCGACCAGCUGGCGCAGUUCUGGGCCUGCCAGAAUCAGCACACCAGGCGCCUCAAUUGGCGAGCGGUGCCCAAUGCGAGACAGGUGCCGCCCGAAUCCUCCGUCGCGAUUGUCGUGCGUCUGCGUCUGGUCGAUCUCCUCCAGGCGGAGCAACUGCAGCUGAUAGUGCACUACGAGGUUGGGGUCUCAGCGGACAAGAAGGCGUUCCCUAGGCAGUUGCACCUGAUUGACUUUGACGUGAAGAAACUGCUGGAUGCCACGGAGUCAAUGGCGCCCACCUUUUCGCCCACCACGCUGCACCAGGACUUUCUGGCCGUGAUUAUGACGCACGAGGAACACUGCGCGCUGAAACUAGUGUUCCAGGAUGCCAAAGAUUGCAAAAAGUUCGAGCAGCAGCUGGUCUCCAAGCUGCAGUUUGAGGUCUUAGAAGCCCAGGAGCCGGAAAGGGAGCAGGAGUCCGACCUGCUCGACGACUCCAGCCCCGGCUCACCUUUUCAGUCCUCCACCGGCGCCGCCGCCGCUGCCGCCAAUCCUGUCCAGCGCAUUUUCUACAAUCGCAAGCCAACGUCGCAGUGGUGCGGCACGCUGCUGCUCCGCGACGAUCCCGGCGAGCAGUGGCACGUCUACGCCCUAACGGAGGACCGAAUGCGCCUGUUCAUGCACCGCCUGAUGCGCGAUCUCCUCCUGCUGCACUGCAACCUCACCUACCUGGGGGUCAACGAGCCCAGCCUGUCGGUCGCCGAUGCGAACCUCGAGCUGGAGAAGAGUCUGCAGGAGGAGUUGGAGGCCUGGAAACUGCUGCUGAAGCCGGCAGCCAGCGAGGAGGAGCGCCGCAAGCAGCUGACGCAUCUCUACAAGGUGCAAAUGGCCAGCGAUGUCCUGGCGUCCAUGAUAAUUAGCAAAACAGAGCCGGAUAAGGAGAAGCUUUCUAAGAUGACGAUUGGUUAUACUGAAGACCUUAAAGAGACCACCGCCUGUUGAUGAUUUUUUAAGAAACGUCAAACUUUAGAAGGCUUGGCUUAAUGAAAUGUCUGCGAAUUUUUAUAACAUUCCUUUACAAAGUGUUUAAAACAUUUAUUUUUAUACGAACAAUUUAUUGUAUUGCAUUCUUGUCAGAGUUUUACAUCUACAACUUAAAGCGUUUUUGAUCAGGAUCGGAAAAUUCCUAAAUAAAGUGUAUGCAUGAUUUGA